GCAUCUUCCUCCUUGAGAAUGAGAAGAAUAACAGAAAGCGCUAGAUGGAGUAUUGACCGUGGGCGGAGCUUGUCCUUCCAUGAGGUGCGUAGCCAGCGUGAGGCAGAGAUGAGGGCCGCAGCCGAAGAGUCGUCCAGCAGCAGCAGUGUUGGAGGUGGCGGCAGCACCGUCCUGCAGCGCCUCUUGCAGGAGCAGAUGAACCGGAAUUAUGUGCUGCAACAACAGCAGCAGCAGCAACAACAAGGAGCAGGAGGUGGAGGAGGUUACUCAGGACAGGGACAAGGACAGGUAUGCCCCUCUGACGAUCACUCCAUGACCCCCCACAUUGCCCGUCAGGAGCCCCAGGGACAGGAGCUGCAGACGGACAAUGGCCUGGAGAAGCUCGGCUCCACCAGAGUAGGAGGAGGGGGUGGGAGCAGUGGAGGGGGAGGAGGAGGCAGCAGUGGAGGUGGUGGGAGCGGCCAAGGGCAGUGCCCGAACCCUGAGGACCUCCCUACCUAUGAAGAAGCCAAAGUGCAGUCACAAUACUUCCGUGGCCAUGGUCCUCCUCCUCCUCCUCAGCAGCAGAACAACCAGCUCCAGCAGCCUCCUCUUCCUGCCUCGGUGGGCACUGCCUUUUACGUCACAGGGGUGACCAGCACCAAGGUGCGUACUGAGGGUCGCCCCACGGUGCAGCGAGUGAGUGGCGCAGGAAGGGUUCACCAGGAUGAUGGACUGAAGGAUCUGAAGCAAGGACACGUUAGGUCCCUCAGCGAACGACUUAUGCAGCUAUCCCUGGCCACCAGCGGUGUGAAGGCUCACGCUCCUGUCACUAGUGCCCCGCUCUCCUCACAGCUGCCCCCGCCAGGGAUGCCCGGUGACUAUUACAAGCCGCAGCACCGUGGCCCACCUCCAGACUACCCUUUCAAAGCAAUGGGCUCGCCUGGCAAGCAGCAGGAGCCUGGUGGCCAUUUUUACCAGGAGCAGAGAGGGAGGGAGCACUCGAGGGAGGUGCUCCAUGUCCGAUACCAACCCCCCCCUGAGUACGGCUCAUUCAGGUCCAGUAAGGAGGGUUCGCUUCAUUUCCAGAGGCCCCUUCAUCAGCACAGUCCCACCUCCUCUGUCACCUCCGUGGGCUCCUUGUCCCGCACCCAGUCCUCCACCCUAAGCAGCAUACUCAGUGCCUCCCACUCAUCCCAUCCCUCCUUCCCCCAUCAGCACCCCCAGAGCCAGGGAGAGCCCUUCCCUAGCAUGGGGCCCCGCAGCCCGCUGGGUCCCAUCUCCCACCAAUCAGGUGAGCCCUUCACCCUGGGGCCCAUUCACCAGACACCGCCAAGAAGUCAUGGUUUCCCUCAUGACCCCUACGGCUCCACCCCGAGGAUGUACCUUCAGCAGCACCAUCAGUAUCAACAACACCAGCAGCAGUUCCAAGGACCUCAACCUCCCCAUCCCCAGCCGCUAGUCCAGGCCGGACAUUUCCCCCACCCGCACUCCUACUCCCACCUGCAGGGGGAGCCUUUUGCUAUGAUGGUGCGCGCCCACCAGAUGGUGGAUGUGCUAACGGAGGAGAACAGGAUGCUCAGGCAUGAGAUGGAGUCCUGCCGUGAGAAAGUCACAAAGUUGCACAAGUUGGAAACAGAGAUCCAGCUAGUGUCAGAGGCAUAUGAAAACCUUGCCAAGUCUUCCUCCAAGAGGGAGGCCCUGGAGAAAACCAUGAAGAACAAGCUGGAGCUGGAGGUGCGCCGGCUGCACGACUUCAACAGGGACCUCCGAGAGCGCAUGGAGACGGCCAAUAAGCAGCUUGCUGCUAAAGAGUGUGACGGCUCAGAAGACAACCGCAAAACCAUUUCCCAGCUGCUUGCACAAAACAAAGAGACGCUCCGUGAGAAGGAGAAGCUGGAGAUGGAGUUGAACGCACUGCGCUCCACCACAGAGGACAAGAGGAGACACAUCGAGAUCAGAGACCAGGCGCUCAACAACGCCCAGGCCAAAGUGGUCAAACUGGAGGAGGAGCUGAAGAAGAAGCAGGUUUACGUGGAGAAGGUGGAGAGGAUGCAGCAGGCUUUGGCUCAGCUCCAGGCAGCCUGUGAGAAGAGAGAACAACUCGAGCAUCGACUUCGUACUAGACUGGAGAGAGAGCUGGAGUCGCUACGCAUGCAGCAGCGUCAGGGAGGCACUCCAAGCAGUGGUGCGAUCCCAUCGGAGUACAACGCCACAGCCCUGAUGGAGCACCUGAGGGAGAAGGAAGAGCGGAUUCUGGCUCUGGAGGCCGACAUGACCAAAUGGGAGCAAAAGUACUUGGAGGAGAGCGUGAUGAGGCAAUUUGCCCUGGAUGCUGCCGCCUCUGUCGCCACUCAGAGGGAUACAGCUGCAACAGUGAUAAGCCAUUCUCCCAGCAGCAGCUAUGACACAUCGGUGGAGGCUCGAAUCCAGAAGGAAGAAGAGGAGAUUCUCAUGGCCAAUCGGCGCUGUCUAGAUAUGGAAAGCAGGAUAAAGAAUCUUCAUGCCCAGAUCAUAGAGAAAGAUGCUAUGAUCAAGGUGCUUCACCAGCGCUCCAGGAAGGAGCCCAUCAAGUCUGAUGCGCAAUCUGCUAUGAGGCCCUCCAAGUCCCUGAUGUCCAUUUCCAACACUGGCUCUGGUGGUUCAGGACUGCUCUCUCACAGCCUGGGCCUCAGUAGCUUGCCCAUCACCGAAGAGCGCAAGGACACCAGCUGGAAAGGCAGCCUGGGGGUUCUGCUGGGUUCUGAGUUUCGGACAGAGUCUCUCAGGACUGAGUCAAUCUCAUCAUCUCCCUCACCAGUGUUUCCUUCCACCCCAAUGACCGCAGGCCACUUGAAGACAGGCAGCAGGGACAGCUACACACAGACAGAGAAAGGACAAAGUCAGGACACUAGCAAGCCCAGCACUCCAGCCCUGCAGAGCAUGACGCUGCCCGCUCGUCUGUCCAGCCCAAGCCCAGUCUACAUCCCGGACCGUAUAGCAGAUGCGCCAGUGUUUCACAGCAGCACCCUGGAGCGGAGGUUCCCCGUCCAGUCCCACCAACAGCAACAGGCCCCCCAUCCAACACCGCCCACCCAACAGGAAGUGGACAAUGACAUGGUGGAGAUCCUCAUAUGACCCCAUGACCUCUGUAAAAAAAACAUCAUCCAAACGAGUGAUUGGAGGGCAGAUCCAUCAGACCAACACAGCUCAGACAUGUUAAUCAUUCCAGCUCAUCCUCCAAAUCUGCAGCUCUGUCUUUGGUUGGCUGACUCACACCAACAGUCAUUUUCAUACUCUUAUGUUUACAGGUGCAUUCAUUCAAAUUAUUCUAGCCUGACUGGAGUUCCUUCAUUCUUUCAUUAAAUCACAGUUUAUCAUUAUCUUAGGAAAAUCAAGAAAUCAGAAGCAAUAAGCAGAAGUGCUAUGCCCCCUCCCGUCUCAUCUCAGCUUUUGCAGUUUUUCUAAAUGCAUGUGUUAAUAUGAAGUGGUGACUGGAACUUAAACAUGUAAACCUUCAUUGCCUCUUAUUUAUGUUUAGGAUGCAACUUUAUGAGAUGCCUUUGGCACUUUCUCUUUCACAGUGAUGGAUUCAACUUUGGCGACUGUUGCUUAAGGUUGAAGAGUAAAUUAAUCAAGAGGUUUCAAUGUAUGCUCAUAUAAAUUGACAUGGUUAACAUUGAUUAGGAGAUUAGGAGAGGAGAAAAUAGAAAAACAGUGGGAAAACCUGAAAGCCAAAAUCUUCCUGUAAAAAUUCAACAUAGAGAGCAUGCACUUACACAAAUGUAUUUUCAACUUUUGCAUUUAAGGUGAAGGAUUUCUGUAUGUAUGACUGCUGUAUGUAUGACUCGGUGACUAAGGCUUUGUUUAAGUGCACUACUUUUUGAUAGGGUGGGUUGGGGUGGAUUUUUGCCACAUUAGUAACCAAUGGCAUUUCAGUACAUUUGGGAACGUUUGAGAAGCUUAGCGUGUGCAUUUCUUGCCUUUCCAACAUGCAGGCAAAUGAUUAAUGAUGAACAAAGUUGGUUUUGCUGUAAGAGGAAGCAGCUUAUUACUUGAACACGUGAUGUAGAGAUCCGUAAACUCCCAUGGUGUUGGUACAAGGCUGGUUGGACCAAAUGUAUUGGCUACCUUUUUGUUGCAUUUAUUGCACUACUUAUUUUUUAAGAGUGUUUCUUGUUUGCUAUAUUACUUUAAGACAUUUGUCAUUAAGUACUGUAUUUAUGUGUUAUGUUGUUGUUUUUAAACUAGUUAGACAUGGCACUUGAGUAAUCAAAAAUAAUCUAAACUAUAAAAUAUUCUUAACUAUUUACAUUGUGUAUGUACUGUAAUGGCCUGUGUAACUGUGCUCGGUGAAAGGAUCUGAGAGCUGAGCAAAGCUUUGUUACAUUUUCAGAGAUAUUUUUGAUAGCAAACUGGUAGGGCAGAAGCACCAACCAAGGAGCAAACUCCAUGGUUGGUGCUUCUCAGUUGCCCUUUUUUGCGCUGGCUAUUAGUACCAGGAUUUUUGACGUUUAGUGUUUGUGACCUUUGUGGGAUGUUGACCUCAGGCAGACAGAGCUCCCCAAAGUAAAACUACAAAAUCUGAUUAGCUUUCCCUUUUUUGUUGGAUAAUUGACCUAACCCUAACUAAAUAUGUCAGCCCUUCUUCUUCUAAGCAUCCUCCCUGUGCUGGAAGCUGGAAACUGUUCACGGCUGCCUCUAGCAGUAUGUAUAACUGGCUCUCAAUGGCAAACAGAUUUUAAGGGAUUUUUGUUGUUGUGCAUUUGAAAAUACGUCGAUGAACUAUAUAAAAGUGAGAUCAUUUGCUAUUUUGAAAACACUUUGGGUGGCAGAAAAGUGUUACAUUUCAAUUGUGAAUAAUUUGAAAAAGAUGAUCAGACUGGAGUCAAAGUGCUGCCUGUCAGCACGCACAGUCCUCACAAGUUCUUUCUGAAAUAUCCCUGCCUACGCCUGACCCUAUUUGUGUCAUCAAGGGCAUUCUUAUGUGUUUUGAAAACAUGGUGCCCACUUGUACGACUGUUGGGCCUCAGCAACAAGAGGGGAGUGGCAAUCUGACAGUUCUGUCGGCUGCCUGCGUAACCCCACUGGUUGUAGUCACUCUAAUAGCAGAGGCUCCUAAAGUCAUUUGGCAUUUCACGUCCCAUGCUUAAAUAACAAAAUGGAUUUAUCUUUUCAUAUGAUGCACAUCUUGUAAUAAAAUUGGCAUACGCACACUGUAUUGUGAAUAUUUCAAUUGCAGGCACGCAUUACCUACCAUCCAUCUGACUUGUAAUAGAUAAAAACAAAAACAAACCAUUAUAAAUAUUUGCAGCCACCAACUAACUGACUUGAGGUUUGAUUUGAAGUCAGUCUAAAUGUGAAAAUGCAACAAUCCAUUAAGUCUGCUCUCCCAUCGUCCUAUCAAGUAUCAUUUUGGUCAGUUAUCAGGCUAGGAUAAUUUUGCAUUAAUUUACACUAAUGCAUGACUGAGAAUGGCGUCCAUUAGAUUACAGAGGUAACCUCUCGGAUCAACAUCACUUGCUUUUAACGAAAGGUAAUAGAAUGGAUUGGUACUCAUCCCUAUAAACAAAAUACUUGUGUGAACCCAAGAAAAGCUCCAUCUUAAAAAAGCAUCACAUGUUCAGGUUUAAAAUCAGGUGAAAUAAUCUUUAAGUGGGGUGAGGUCAUUCCCCCGGUUUUAAGAAUUUGGUUGAAGUAAGUAUAAAUAUUUUGAGACAAGUCUUUUCAAUCAUUUCAAGAUAUGGGUUAUACGGUUUAAUGAAGUGUGCUUAAUCUACCUAGGAGUGAUGCUAUGGUUGUGACUGAAGCAGGAAUACAACACAACUCUGCUUUUAACUCGAGCCACAAGCCCAAAAUAACUGAGUCUUUGCAGAAUCGAAGGUUAAAUAUUGCAUUUCCAGCAAGGUUGAAGAUGUCCACUGCAAACCAAAAAUGUUGGACCAAAGAAGCUAAGAAUGGUCAGCUAACCGAUGUAACACAGGGUCAUUAGUAUUAUGUCCCUAUAGGACGGUGUUUUAUCAGAGGAACUACAUAAGAAAUGCAUUGAUCUCUUGUUUAUACCUGACUGUUACAGAGGAGUUAGGAUUUAGACCACAACUCAACCAACUUUUUCUCCACUACUCAAAUCUAGAAUGCCUGUAUAUGUGAAAUAUUUUGAAAAUCAAGUUGCUUUGCUUUCUGGCACAGAUCAUGCAGCGCUCUGUAUUUUUACUGAAACAUGCCAAGCUGCCAACACAUUUUGGUCCUCUGUUAUCGUGUCCAAUCUCAUAUAAGUAUUGGUGAAUGCUUAAAAAGAAAGUUAUGUGAAAGCCAGAACUGAAUACAAAAAGCCCAAUGCCAGAGUUAAUAAUGUGCUGGUAAUGGUCUGCUUGUUGUCAUGUGUCUUGGUGGGUUUGAAGAUGAUGGUGUGCUUUCAGAUUGGACGUGGUGUGUGUUGCUUUGUUCAGCGCAGAUAUUGAUUCUCGCGCCUGUGCGGAACAAAGCUUGUCAUUUCGUUGUUGCUAGCAAUGGAGAUGCAUUAUCGUUGUGCCCUGUUGCCUUGCCUAUUUCAUUGUCAAUGCAAUGACAAUAAAGAUGAAUCUGAUCUGAUUGCCAUGCAUUGUUAAAACACACCUGGGAUUUCAAAUUGGACUAAGAAAAGUGGGAAUUCUGAAAAUACCACAAUUUGUCCUCCACUUUUACUUCCGUGCCUGUCCAACUGCCGGCCUCGGUCCUAUUCUCCAUGCCGGGCAUUCCUCACAAAGUCAUUGGAUUUUGGUUUGAAGGGGUUUCAUGAGCCCAGUAUCAUAUGAACUCUUCCCUUAAAGUAAAAACACGCUAACAUUUCAUUUAAAAUGUAAUUUACAUGUUCUUUGUCAUUUCCAGUAAGGUGCUGACGUCUGUCUCCAUCAAAUUUGUUUAUUAAACCAUCUGACAAGUUUGGACAGAAACUAGAGAAGUAUAAUUGAAUGUUAUUACAAAAUAUGUUUCUGUACUGUUACUGCAGUCUUACUUGCUGAAAAUCUAAAAUUAAAUCAGUUGCUAAUGUUUACCAGCUGUACAAAUGUCAAUAAGGUGGUUUGUUUCUGUUUGUAGUCUGUUCAUACACAUGCUGCUUAAUGUUGUCCUUGCUGUACAAUCACAAUGCACGUAAAGCAAUUUUCUGAUUAAUAAUUAA